AUGUGGUACGGCGAGAGACUUGCCAGACACUGUGAAACAGAAUUGCCAAAAUUUUCACUAUGUUGCAUGAACGGAAAAGUCCAGUUGCCCAAAUUGAAGGAUCAUCCAACAAUACUAUCGAGUCUCUUAUUCGGUAGGGAUAGACGCAGUAGGACCUUCCAAGAUAAUAUAAGAUCUUUAUUACCCGAGGAGGGUACAACGCCGAAGUUUGCACAACUUUAUAUAUUCGACACAGAGAAUGAAGUUCAAAAUCGAAUUGCUGCUGUAAGAGUUGCACGCGAUCGUAUUACUACAGAUGAAAAUAGAGAUGUAAAACUAAGACUGGUUAAGAGCCGAAGUACUAGUGGUCGGACAUGUAAUCUACCAAAUGCGAGUGAAAUUGCAGCGCUCAUUGUUGGCGACUUCGAUAACCAGGAGAGUGUAAGGGACAUUGUUGUCGAAACGCAUUCUAUGAGGCUUCAGCGCAUUAGUGAACUACACCCUCUUUAUCUACCGUUACAGUACCCCUUGAUUUUUCCUUACGGUGAAGAUGGGUAUAGAGAUGAUAUUCCUUUGAGAGAGUCCUCAUCAAAUAGUAGCUGGAAAAGAAGAUGCGUGAGCAUGAGAGAAUGGUUUGCAUACAGGAUGCAAAAAGGAAUGGAGAGAGACAAGCUUAGGGUUGAUAUGUAUAAGGGACUUCAGGAAAUGAUUGUCAAGGGUGACGGUGAAGGCACGUCUGCAGGAAUGCGCAUAGUUCUUCCAUCAACCUUUACAAACGAUCCCAGAUAUAUGUUUAACAACUUCAUGGACGCCCUUCAAAUAUGCAAUUGGAUUGGAUUUCCAUCAUUUUUUAUAACAAUAACAUGCAAUCCCAAGUGGCCAGAAAUACAAAGGGUGUUGAGUGAUACGAAUCUGCAUCCCGAAGAUCGAUCUGAUAUUCUUUGUCGCGUGCUCAAGAUGAAACUGGACAGUCUGAUAUCAGAUUUCAAAAAAGGGUAUAUUUUCGGACGAAUUAGAUCAUAUGUCUGCACCAUUGAGUUCCAAAAACGUGGUUUGCCGCAUGCGCACAUUCUUCUUUGGUUGCAUAACGACGAAAAGCCAAAAUUUUCGGAAGAUAUUGAUCGAAUAAUAUGUGCCGAAAUAUCCGAUAAGACUUGCGACAGGAAAAUGUAUAAGUUGGUAAAAAAGUACAUGAUCCAUGGACCAUGCGUACAUGCGAACAUGAAUUCUCCCUGCAUGAAGGAUGGUAUUUGCACCAAGCGCUUUCCAAAGAGAUUUGUGCAACGUACUGAGGCUGACGAUGAAGGAUACCAUUCGUAUAGAAGAAGGGAAGACGGCCAGACAGUAACGAAGAAGAAAAUAAUAUUGGACAAUGGGUAUGCCGUUCCUUACAACCGUGCUCUACUGUUGAAAUACAGAGCUCACAUCAACAUCGAGCUCUGUACUUAUCUGCAUGCGAGGCCAGUUGGAGGUUGUUUGGGUUUGAUAUUCAUUACAGAGACCCCCCUGAUUCGUUUGAGCUUCCAGCUACCUGAUUGGAAGGGAGAAGACUACUAUCUGAGGUUGUUGCUUAAUAUUCAAGUUGGUUGCACAAGCUAUGAAGAACUCAGAAGCGUGAAUAUGAAGGUCUACGAUACCUUUAGGGACGCAUGCUACGUAUUGGGUUUGUUGCAGGAUGACAAAGAGUACAUUGACGGCAUAAAGGAAGAUAAAUGUUGGUCGGAAUUAUCUGAUGACAUGAAUUACAGACACCAAAAACGUCAUAAUAAUCUAGCGUUAACCUUAUCAGAGGAUAGCUUGAAGAAUUACGCCCUCAUUGAGAUUCAGAAAAUACUGCAGAGCAAUGGUAAGAGUUUACGUAAUCAUGCACCUAUGCCUGCACCGAUACAUACAACGCUAGACGACAUAGCUAAUAGGUUAAUACUUCAUGAAUUGGAUUACGACGUCUCUAAAAUGCGUGCCGAACUUCAAAAGUUCUUAUCGUCUAUAAAACCUGACCAGAAAAAAGUUUACGACACGAUCACGAAUGCACUUUCGAAGAACAGUGGAGGUAUGUUUUUCCUCUACGGCCAUUGGGGCACCGUGAGGACAUUUAUUUGGAACACACUUUCCGUCGCUGUUCGUUCUGAGAAGGGCAUUGUCAUUAAUGUUGCCUCGAGAGGUAUUGCUUCAUUGCUCCUUCCGGGUGGUAGAACAACACAUUCUAGAUUUGGACUCCCGAUAAUUAUGCAUGAGAGCUCCACUUGCAGCAUCAAACAACAAAGUCCUCAAGCAGAGCUGUUGAUUGAAGCAAAGCUUAUUAUAUGGGAUGAGGCCCCGAUGAUGCAUAGGUUUUGUUUUGAAUCAUUAGACAGAACCAUGCGACUGAUUUUGAAUUCUGAAAAACCAUUUGGUGGUAAGGUUAUCGUACUUGGUGGUGACUUUAGACAGAUAUUACCUAUUUCGAAUGCAUCUUCAUCUAAUGAAGAUGGAAUAAGGGAAUUUGCCGAAUGGAUUCUCAGAAUUGAAAACGGAGAAGCUGGAGACUACAAUGAUUGUGAGGCCUUGAUUGAAAUUCCUGAGGACAUGCUGAUUCGAGAUUCGGAGGAUGCCUUUUCAGAGCCGAUGCAGUUUGUGUAUCCGGAUUUGUGA